AUGGCCUCCGUCAGAAGGCUCCUGCUCUCGUCCUCCUCUGGAAUUCUGGUAAUCGCCAUUUCGAUCACCUCAAGGAUUCAAUGUCGUUCUUCCCGUUUGCUUUUUGGGUUGACGUUUUUUUUUUCCUUUUAUUUCCGUCAGAGGAAGCCUGUCUCGUGUGGUUUGUUCCACGGCGGGCAUGGAGGAGGUUGGUUGGCUCUCUCAUCCUUCUCUUCUCAUUGUCUUUAGAAAGACUGUGGUAUCAUAAUUAGUUCAUCUACUUGCGGUUCCAGUCGCUGCGCUCUGUCUCCUAUCUUUUCUUGAAUGGUGUCUUGUAUGAUUGAACGUUCAUGCGUAGAGGGGGCUGAGUUUGGAGCGUUUCGCCGGGGUUUCACGGCAAGAGUGGCUUCCGAGAUAAGGCCCGACGAACAGACGUCUGUUCCCGGGUGUUCGGGCAGUAGUAACGAAGUCGACGAGAUCCGGUGCGAGUUUGAAACUGCCAAGCGGAGCUUCCUCAACAACCCUUCGGCGCUGAAGGAUAUUCCCCUGAUGAAUCCUCGAGGUCUCCUUUUGCUUCUUGAUCUAUGUUCAUUAUCUGGGUUUCCAGUCAUUAGUGGUAAUGAGCUCACAAGCCGGCGGCUUCCUCACCCUCCCUCUGCUUGUCCUGCUGGCGGGUGGCGGCUGGUGGGCGCCUGCUUCCAAGAGGCUCGAGCUCGCCGGGAUUUUGCUUCUCGAGAUAUUUUCAUUCCCGAGCCUUCUGUUAAGUAUCUAUCACCUGUGUUUUCUUGUUCUCCAUCUAGGUAUAUACGUUAAUAAAAAUGUCAAGCUGGAAGAUAUACAAGUCUAUGGAUUCGACUACGACUACACGUUGGCCCACUACUCUCAAAACUUACAGACCCUCAUAUAUGAUCUUACCAAAGAGCACCUCGUUAAUGAGGUGAGUUCCCAAGACUGGGUUUUUUUUAUGCCAUUGCCCUUACGUUUGUGAAAUAGUCCGGUAUUACAGAAAGUUCUUUUGUCAUCUCAGCAUAAGUAUCCAGCGAGCUGUUUGGACUUCAAGUAUGACCCAAAGUUUCCCAUUAGGGGAUUGUAUUUUGAUAGGCUGAAGGGAAAUCUUUUGAAGUUGGAUUUCUUUGGGUCCAUCGAAUCUGACGGUUGUUACUUUGGUCGACGGAAGGUAAUUUUGAAAGUCUCUUAUGCAUUCUCUCUGAUACGGCCAAAUAGUGGACCUAAUCAUUUGGUCACUUUAGCAAUAAUUUGUUGUGGACUUCUAUUUUUGGUGUCUGUACUUUGUUUUUUAGUUGAGGCAAGUUUAUGACUAAUUUUUCAGGGGUUAUUAAUUGGUCUUUGAAAAAUGGUUUUUCAAUCAUCUUGGAUUAACAUCUCCUGACAAUUUAAACAUUUAUUUCUGACACUUCAUAAAAAUAACCGUGGAGCUUUGCUCCCACUCCUGUCUCCGAGUGUUACACCUUUCUUAUGCGGCAUGUUCAUUCAGUUUUCAGUUUUAUAUUUGAAAACAGUUUUUUUUUCUUUGUUAUGUUGUCUUUCAUACAUGUGAUGUUCGAUCAACUCCUUUUAUCCCUGAAUUUGUGGGUUGAGAUCCAUAGGUGAGUUAUUUGAUAGUGACUAUUUUUUAUGUUUUUUUUUCGUGCAUUAAUAUUUUUUGAGAAGAAUUUUGUUGAAGGUGUCUAUGAAUUUUGAGUUUCAUGCUAUUUCUAUCGACUCAUAUCCACUUUUUAUAUCCUGUGACGCCAUGCCUGCUUCCGCUUUUAAUCAGCUCUCCUUGGAUGAGAUAAUAGCAGCAUAUGGCACACGACACAUUGGUCGAGAGUCAGCUCAUGACCUUGUUGGUCUCAUGGAUUUCUUUUGCUUUAGUGAGGUAAUAUCGUGUCUAUCCUCAUUGUUUAAUCAUUAUCCUCGUAGCACGUGGUUCUGGUUAACUUGGACGUCUUUGUCGAUGUGCUCAGUUUUUCUUAAGUAUGGUUUUGGUGUUCCUAUUUAUGACACCUAUGUUUUACUUGUUGAAAAGUUUGAAUUAUCAGUUCUGAUGUGACACCAGCAAAACCGGCCAGGGGAUGAACCAGUAUUUACCGAGCACUGAUAUGGAUCUUCAUUGACAUCCACAAAGAACUAGAUGCUGUAAAAUUUAUUCGUCCGAGUAUUUGCUCUUUUUCUUUCUGGGACAGGUUGUUCUUGAUUUUUAUCUAUAAAUUCCUGUCAUGUCUAUAAAUUUAAACAGUUUUUGCAAGUUGUAAUAAAAAACUAUCUUAUUCUUUCCAGACGUCUUUAAGAAGAAAACAUGGUUGGACCAUGAUAAGAAAAUAUCCUAAACAACUCAAUACUGGUUCAGGAGUAACUGUCUAAAUGAGGUUACCAAAAAUUCAAGAUCAAGCUCAAAAUUACUGAAUUGAUGGGAUAUUUGCAUAUGCAUGCUUCAAGGUGUAUCUUCAUGUAGAAAAGUUCUCGUCUUUUGCACUCCAAUAUGACGUUUAAAGUGAAAGUUGUAGCCCAACAUUAACAGUAGGGACGGAAUAUGGAAGGCUUGAAAAUGUGUUAACAUUAACGUGCUUACAUGUCCUCUCAUGUAUCCUUGUUCGCUUCACAUGUUAAAGAUGAUUCACCAGAUCGACUAUGAAGCAUCAUGAUUCUUGUUAAAAGAAAAUAUUGAUCAUAUUUAUGCCAAAUAAUUCAUCUUUCAUUAAUAUAUAGAACAUCCUAUCAUUCGUUGCCCUUGUAUGUGUAUCUCUUUGUCAUUGAUGACACAGAACAUGCCAAGGUGUUCUGUGUUAUGUGAUGUAUUAUUUCUUUCAUUGGACAUACAUGUUGUUUGUCGCAUUUUUUCUUUGCUCUUAAAUACUUUGUUAUAGAUCAUUGUUGUCGUUUGAUUUCCUCCCAUUGCCAUGGCUGUAGUUGGGGUGAAUAAUCUACUCUAUUUGUGGAUACAAGCGAUUGAAAGACUUCUAGGGGAACACGAUUGACUAUGAAGAUUGAUAUGUUUUAGGUGUAUUUGCGUUGUGUGUGUGUGUGUGUGUGUGGAAAGACUUGGUAAUUUCUCAAUAAAUCUUUAACUUAUUUACGGAAGAAAUGUGAAGAUACUCUGUUGUCUGAAUUUAUGGCUUCUUCACUAAUGUUAUCCCAUCUCCUUAAUCUGUUGAGCAAUUAAUUAUAUGUAUUACCUGAUUUAUUUCCUUGUCUUACCUCUUCUGUUCGAUUUUGUAGGCAUGCCUUAUUGCUGACGUAGUUCAGCACUUUGUUGAUGCAAAGUUGGACUUUGAUCCUUGCUACAUCCAUGAAGAUGUAAACCAUGCUAUCCGGCGUGUCCAUAGGAGCGGUUUACUUCAUAAGACAAUACUGUCUGAUCCUCAGAAAUAUUUAGUAAAAAAUGUAUGUCGUCUAUUUUCAGUUGUCCUUUUGUAAUCUCAUUGCAAAACGAAGAUCUCAAACAAAUGAUACUGACUGUGCAGUCACAUACACUAUACUUCAUCCCCAGGAACUCUAAUAGUUUAAUGGCCGUUUUGGUGAAAAUUUCAUUGACCGUUAGAAGCUGUGCAUAUAGGAAGAGACUAUCUAUGGAUGAGAUAUUGUUUGGUGCAAUGAUGUACGAAAUAUUUUUCGACUUUGAAAGCAUUUGAAACUUCAGUGAUCGUUAGGGGCUGCACAUGUAUGGGGAUAGAAAAUCCAUUGAUGAGAUGCUGUUUUCUGAAAGGGUGUCCGAAAUAUUUUCUCUUUUAAGGUUUUGAGAUUUUACGAAAGGCAUUCCAAAUCAUAAUUUCCUCUAAAGGUUUCAAAGCAUUUGAAACUCAUUGUUCUGUUGAUUUUUCUUCAGUAAAUAAAUCUUUCAGGUUUAUCUGAGAAAUUUUCUUUGGAAAAACUGCAGGAUAAGAUGUUUGAAUUUCUAGAGACAUUAAAGGAGAGGGGAAAGAAGCUCUUCAUGCUGACAAAUUCUCCCUUUUAUUUUGUGGAUGGAGGCAUGCGUUUCAUGUUGGAGGUGCUCUUCAAAUAUUAGUCAUUCAGAUGGCCUUACAUUGUUUAAAAAUACAUUAAUUGAUAUGCUACAUGUUCUGAUAGAUCUCUGAGCAUAACUCAUAUGUUCUAUGCACACCUAAUAGAAUUUACUUAUGUAAUUGUAUUGCCGAGUAUUUGAAGACAAGUUCUGCCAAAACAUUUACACACCAUAGUAAGCGUCUAUGCAAUUACAAGCUGAACCAAAAAUCUUUCAAGAGGCAAGUCAUCAUGUCUUUUGCUGACUAGCCACACGUUGUUUUGCACUAAUCUACGACCAUGAAAGGUUGGCCCAUAAAGCUAGGUAUAACGGAUUGAUACUGCGAACUUAUUAGCCCACACAUGGAUCAAUUCUUGAGUACUAACUAAAUGACUAUCCUUCCAACCGCCUACAGCAUACAUUUUUUAUGCUAUGCCACUUUUUUACCUCUUUAUACUCCCGUUCAGAUUUCCCCUAAAAGAGUAUCUAACAGAAGAAAUUUGGCACUCAAAUAGAAAUUUUUUACUGAAGUGAAACCUGCAACUUUGUUCUGUUUUGUUAGUGUUGUUGUGUCGCAUGCAGUGAUCCUAGAUAUAUAAUGUGCCAUGCUGUCUAAAUGGUUGUCUAGAUUGGAUCAGAGGAUUUAGUGAAUCAAGCAUUAGGACAAUAAUAUUAAUUUCUCUCUUAAAUAGAUAAAAGUUUAUCUGAAAGUAUACUCUGAUGUAUAUUUAACUGGUCUCUUUUUUCGUUUUUGGAAGCAAUGGGGUACACCUUAUUUUCUGCUUAUUUCUGUUUCCUUAUUGAGUCUCGAACUAUUGAAUAGGGUUCUGGCGGACAUACGGAUUCAUGGAGGAAGCUUUUUGAUGUUGUGAUUGCACAAGCUAACAAGCCAAACUUCUACUCAUCAGAACAUCCAUUCCGGUACUUCCCAAGCCGGAUUCUAUAUUUUCCAUUGCAGUUUCAAAUUUUUUAACCUUUAUUUUUAUUCACUAUUGCCUUUAAGUUUAAUUGUCUUUGAAUUGUCCUCUAUACUUUUAUUAUUCCACAAUGAUUUCACUUGAUUAUUGGAUGCUUGAGAUUGGUAAGACCACCUUGGGAAUCUAACACAGUUUGCGACAUCCUUUGUUACUUUCGCCUUGUGAUGAUUUGCACUGAAAGUUGCCGUGAGUGAAAUUCACUAUAUUUAUUUAAUUUACUGAAUCUUAUCCUUCUCAUAUGAACAUUGUGGUUGACUUUGUCAGUUGCCGUUCAAAUUUCUUUAGGUGCUAUGACAUUGAGGAGGAUACUCUAGCUUUCACUGCAGUUGACAAGUUUCUCCCCGACCAUGUUUAUUAUCAUGGUUGUCUCAAAUCUUUUCUAGAGAUUACAAAGUGGAAUGGCCCUGAGGUAAACUAGAGGCUAUAUAAAACUUUUGAAUUUUUUUCUUUUCUUGUUAUGUCAUUUCUGUGGGUUUCGUGUUAGUAUCUAUAAUUAUUUAUUUUUCUCAGGUAAUUUUGCUAUUGUGUUCAGUUGCGUAUUAUUGUGAUGUGGUGAUGGAGACAUUCUUGUGAUUUAACGUAGACAUUGGGAUCUGAUAUGAGGUUGCUUAUUUGAUGAUUUUUUGCUUAUUAAUAUGUUCCUGUGUGCAUGAGUUUCGCAAUAUUUGAAAAACCCUGAAAUAGUGCUCUAAAAAACCAGAGGCUUGUAGUCACCGGAGCAUACAUCUUGAAACAUAUCGGUAUUACCAAAGUUUUUCACAGAAUUUUAUUCAUCCGAAACGAAAUGCAAAAACUGAUCAGUUCUCGGAUUGCUGACUUGACAAUAUAUAUCAAAGAUCUACCAUUGUCAUGACUUUCAGUUUCAAUCAUUGGUUUCUUCGUCAAGUUGAAACAGAUUACUAGUGACCGUAUUAAUCGCUUAUUGAACUGCUGACUUGACAAUAUGUUGUAAUUCUGAGAAGUUUGUGAAGUAUGCUGUGGAAUUGUUGCUACUAUUGCCAUAAAUAUCCUCGGUGUCGGUCAUCAGUUAUCCUAUCUGCGAUCACCUUAGCAAUGGAAUGCCGAAAAACCUUGUGGUCAACAAUUGGCAGUAGGGACAAGAGGGCGGGGAGGGUCGGUUUCUACCCGUUGAAUGUGCCAACUUUAUAUUUUAGGCUUGUUGGCUGGUAACAGAGUAUCCCCAUCAAAUAGAAGUCAGAGUCAUAUCCAUGAAAUUUCUAUUGCAAAAGAUGCGUUAUACAGUUUUCCUUGUACAUCCUCAGAGGUCGCAGGCUUUAUGCUGUUUAGGCUAAAUGCAGUGUCUUCCAGGUCGAUUUGAACUUUUGAAACACCUGCUUCUGUCGUUCGGUACUUCUAUUUUAUUGAUUCUUAGUUCUGGUUGUCAAUUACUAAUUAUUUACUGAUUAAAGCUUUCCUGGUCUUGUCCACGCUGGUAGUUAAUAGAAUACAUCAAAAUGAGAUUAUGAUCCUAGUAGACUAAAUAAAUCAUCUUUUGUGGAGAAGACUAGGUGGAGCUUUACCUCUUCCUUCCCUAGAAACGAGAUGAUCUUGAGCUGUUAUUUUUUCAGUUCGAAUAACGUAGUAACUUGUGAGGACCUCAGCUCAAGAUCUCCAUACAGCAGCUCGUAGUUGCAAGCACCCUGAGACUCGCUGGUAUGAACGAUGAUGUGAGAAAUUGUGUGCAAUUUAUCACGCAGAUCACCUCGAUCUGAGAUGAAACCAUAGCAAAAAAAUUAUCUAUUAAAGUGGGGAAACGAUAUUUAAGAAGCAAAGCAGUUAUUGUUCCAUUCCUGACAAAACAAUCACAGGGUCAGCUACCUUGGGGAUCAAGCUUUCUAUUGGGCCUGGUCUGGGCUAAAUGUCACGAUCUAAUAUAUGUCAUGCUUUCAUCUAGUCGGCAUGCAUCAUCUCGAUUUCAAAGGGGAGCCAAGGAUUUGGAUCUUCAACUUUGUUGUUAAGAUUUGAAUUUCUAUUUCAGGUUGAAUGGGCUUUAAUUACGAUGAAAUGCAAAAGUGUUUGUCAGGCUUGGCUAUCAAGGCUAUCGCCCUAUCUGGACCGAGGCUGAAUAUGAGUAAUGGUCUGAGAGUUUGGCAGGUUUGCCUGAACCCCAGACCAGGCCAUUGACAACCUUAGUUCUGCAACUAAAAUUAUUUAUCUCUGCAUGACAUCCCCAGAUAUUUUUCUGUCCGUAAACAUUUCUGGGUGAACCUGCUUCGCGUGAAAUCAGAACUUUACCUCUCAAGUCAUUUUAACAUAAGCACGUGAUUUCCUUUACGUUCUAGCACCUGAAACAAUCAUAUAGGUUAUGUUUCUAAUAAGGUGCUUGCUUUGUUUCUGAAUUCUUUUGCAGAGGUUUUUGUGUGAAGUUUAAUUCUGCCAGAAAGUUAUUCAUUUCAUCUUAUGUUUACAUUUUGUGACUCAGAGUUGUCAUGUACUUAUUUUACUGAGCUAGAAAUAUGUCACUUAAGAUGGAAAAGAAGAUGGAGCCUUUUCAUGCAAGUCUGCAUAUCCCAUUAUCUUAAGGAACGUCGCUGGACACCAAAUUGCCAAUUGGAUAUGGAAAUCUGUAGUCUCCUGUGAAAGUAAAAGCUUAAGUACGCUGGAUUUUGCGUGAGACUUUUUAUUUGAAAUCGUUUGGCUACUUGUGUGGAUAAUACUCUUACUCUUUGUAGCAUACGUGGAGAGAAGAGAUAAUCUUUGGAACGCUCUCUCUGCAGAUGCAAAACUUUGAAACCCUUGUUCUUGUUCUUCAGAUGCCUUUUCUCUUAGGAUGUUGGUAGUUAUUAUACAUUAAUUGGGUGGGUGUACAGUGAUGAAAGGUGGAACCAGCAUUGGACAAGAAAAGCAGAUAAAGUACUUGAUGCCUUAUUUUUCAUGCAAUCAUCUGGGCCAUAUGAACGAGGAUAAAUAAAUACUCUUUUAAAGAUAGGAAGUAGCACCAUUUAAGAUUUUAUGUGGGCCCGUGACAAGAUGUAAAAGUGGGUGAGAAUAGACUGUCAUUGAUGGAUUUUAAUGCCUCUCUGUAACAAAAAAAGUUUGUGGCACACAAAAAAAAACUGAAUCAUACUUUUACCUUGUUGCAUUUUUUAAACUUUUGAUUUCUUUUUUUAUUUGUCUUUCCUGUUUUUCGAUGGUGUAAGUGCUUCGAAAUUGGAAAAUCUUCUAUGGUUGUGGUACGGACUGAAUUUCUCAAUAAAUAUUUAUUAUUUGCGUCUUCUCUCAGGUGAUAUAUUUUGGCGACCAUCUGUUUAGCGACUUGAGAGGCCCUUCAAGAGCAGGGUGGAGAACUGCUGCUAUCAUUCAUGAACUCGAGGUAUUUUUGCCAUCUUAGAUACAUCAAUUACCAUCUCCAAUCUGGUGCCAAUGAUUUGCACAAACGAGCCUCGUGAUAUAUUCUAGCAUCUUCCAGUCAUUUCGAAAAAAAUCUACAACGUCUCUCUCGCCACAAGCUUCUAAGUGAUUGGGAAUCAACACCUCAUUAGAUGCCCAGAUAAUUUUUUUCAUUAUCCAUGGGAAAUCAUGUCUGGUGAAAUAUAUACUCCUCACAGUGUGGCAAGUAGAACUUCGCUUCAGACGCCAAACUCGCCGUAUAUCAACAGAUUAGGAAAAGAUUUUCCUCUGAGUGGAUAUGUGGAGGCUCUUUCCCCUUUUAACCGUGCCCAGAGCCUUCACCUUCUAUUCUAUUUUCAGCAGCCUCGGGGAUCCUAGACAUAGAGGAAAAAUACGCAGAGUAAUCUUCAUCCUUCCAUUCUUCUCGUUUUCUUAUGAUUUCAUCUGAUAGCAGCCAACUCAAGCAUCAGAACCUUGCCGUGCAAACAGUCUGGUGGCCUAACCCUGGGCUGAUUCCCCCUAACUUUUCGGAUUAUAAAUGGCAUUAAAUGCGUUCUUGGGAUAUUUCGCCUUUCCAUGAGUGCAUUCUGGUCUCUGCUCUCCAUAUGGUUUAUGCCCUUUUGAUCUCUUCUCUUCAUUCUCGUUAUCACAAUCUGAGUGUACCGACGCUGGAGAUAGUUGCAAAUCGUUGAACUUAUCGCGGUGAAUCUUCUUGUUGCAGAAGGAGAUUGAGAUACAAAACGAUGAGAGCUACCGGUUUCAGCAGGCAAGUACUCUCUUGUUCAUCCUCUUCAUCAUGCUCAGUGUUCUUGGUGUUUUUCUCUGGCAUCCAGUCACUGGGGAUUAGAACGUCAGAUGAAUGAAUCAUAAUUCCUCGUGAUAUAUGUAGGGCAGUGUUUUCCAACCAUGCUUAGAACAGGGAAAUAUUUAUUUCCCCCCAGUUCUACUCUUGUUUCUUAUUUUAGGGUUCCACCUACCCUUCUGGCUGAAUUGAACACCAGGGAGCUGAGACUUGACGACUGGAUCUUCCUAUGAACCCUAAGCCAAUCUUAAGUAACACAGAACUUCUCCGUCUCUCUUCUGAUCAUGGGUCCAGACCAACCCACCUGCCUACCAAGAACAGAGACCAAAAGCUUUUUUCGUAUAAUUUUUAUUUGCUCUAUAAAAAAAAGUGCACUUGUGGAAACAUCCAUCCAGGCAAACUUUCUCAUCAUCCAAGAAUUACUGGGCAAGUGCCAGGCUCUGCUCUCUAGGACAAGUGCCAGGCUCUGGCUUUUCUAUGAACCCUAAACCAAUCUUAAGUAGCAGAGAACUUCUCUGCCUCUCUCACGAUGAUGGGUCUAGACCCACUUACCCACCAAGAGCAGAGACCAAAAGUUUUGAUUCAACCGGGGAAACUUUUGCAUACUUUUUUCCGUAUAUGUAUUUUUUAAUUUUUUUCAAAAAAUAAAACUGGUCUUGUGCAAACAUGAAACCAGACAAAAUUUCACAUCAUCCAAGAACUACUGGGCAAGUGCCAGGCUCUUGCCUUUCGAUGAACCAUAAACCAAUCUUCCCACGAACCCUAAACCAAUCCUUAGGAGCAGAGAACUUCUCUGCCUCUCUCCUGGUCAUGGGUCUAGAACCCUCCCACCUGCCUACCAAGAACAGAGACCAAAAGGGAAAUUGUUGCAUACUUUUUUGUUCUUGUAUUCUUUUAAAAAAAAUUGAAAAAUAAAAUUGGUUUCGUGCGAACAUGCAUCCGGGAAAAAAUUCACAUCAACCAGGAACUUCUGGGCAAGUGCCAGGAAUCUGGUCUUUCUAUGAACCCUAAACCGAUCUUCCUAUGAACCCUAAACCAAUCUUUAGGAGCAGAGAACUUCUCUGCCUCUCUCCUGAUCAUGAAUCUAGACCCCCCCCCCCCCUUCACCUACCUGCCUACGAAGAACAGAGACUAAAAGGGAAUUUUUUGCAUACUUUUAUUAUUAUUAUUAUUAUUGUGUUUUUUUAAAAAUUGGAGUUUGUAAAAAUAAAACUGGUAUUUGUGCAAACGUGAAUCCAGGCAAAAUUUCACAUAAUCCAAGAACUACUGGGCAAGUGCCAGGCUCUGGUGUAUCGGGAGCCGAGGGGGGAGGCAUACCACGCCCUGGUGGAGGAGCUGAAUGCGGAGUGCCGGAAGGCCCGGUCGAUCAUGAGGAACAUGUUCAAUGGCUCCUUCGGGGCGACGUUCCUCACGGACACGGGGCAGGAGUCGGCCUUCGCUUACAACAUCCACCAGUUUGCCGACGUCUACACCAGCAAGCCGGAGAACUUCCUCUUGCACUCCUCCAACGCCUGGCUCCACGCCCCCUACGACAUCAAGAUCAUGCCCCACCAUGUCAAGGUAUGAUACUCUUUCAACCCCCAUCUCUCUCUCUCUCUCUCUCUCUCUCUCUCUCUCUCAUCUACCUUUCUGUCUAUCUAUCUAUUUUUUCCAGCCGUAUCAACUUGCCCAGAAGAGCAGUCCGACCCCCCCUCUCUCUCAUCUACCUUUCUGUCUGUCUAUCUAUCCAUCUAUUUUUGCCAGGCGUAUCAACUUGCCCACGAGAGUAGUACAAAGCUCAGCCAACCCCCUCUUUCUCACUCUCUUUUUCUCUCCCAUCUACCUUUCUGUCUUUCCAUCUGUGCCUACCAGCGAUAUCUACUUGCCCAAAGAGUACUCCAAAGUUCAGUCAACCCUUCUCUCUCUGUCUCUCUCUCUCUCUCUCUCUUUCUAG